AUGGGCGCGUCGGGGUCUACGGCGCUGGUGGCGCUGGUGCACCCGACCCGCGCGGUGUUUGCCAGCCUGGGGGACUGCAUGGCGGUGGUGGGCCGCACGGGGGGCGCCGGCAAGGCGACGCAGCAGCACAGGGUGUAUGGCUACGGGCCUGACGUCCUGGAAGAGCUCGAGCGCAUCGAGGCCACUGGGGCCUGGGUGACAGACGGCCGUGUGUGCAACGUUCUGGCGGUUUCGCGGGCCUUUGGCGACCCCGAGUUCAAAGGUGAGGGCCUGAAGGUCCUGCUGCGCGAGGGCGCGAGCAAGGGCAUGUGGCCAAAGUCUCUCGCGGAGGAGCACGUCUUCACGUCAGACCCCGUGAUCGUGGAGCCGGACGUCACAGAGGUGCGGUUCACCGAGGACGACGAGUUCCUGAUUCUCGCGACAGACGGCCUCUGGGACGCGGUGCCGGUCAACGAGGCGGCGGCGCUCGCGCGCAAGCAGUUCUCCCUCGGGCGCAGCAGCCAGGAGGUUGCGGACGCGCUGACCGACCACGCGCUCAAGCGCUACACCAGCGACAACGCCACCUGCAUCGUGGUGGACCUGAGGAGCGAGGCGCGGCGGCAGCAGCAGGCUGGGCAGAGGCAGCAGGGCGGGGGCUGGCUGGGGGGCCUAUUUGGUGGGCGCUGA